GUGUGAAGCGAAGCACCCGGACGCAAACAAAUUAUUCACGGGUUUGGUGUGUGCUGCGCUGGGGGUAACCGUGGCAUGACAGGAGGAUUUGGUAGAGAAGCCGUGGACAGCAUUUAAAACAUGUGGCUCAAACCCGAAGAGAUACUGCUGAAAAACGCCUUUAAACUGUGGGUGACCGAGAAGGAUCAUGAGUAUUUUGUGCUUCAGAGGAGGCGAGGGUACGGUGAGGGUGGAGGCGGCUUGACAGGUCUCCUUGUGGGAACUCUGGACACGGUGCUGGACUCCACAUCCAAAGUGGCUCCUUUCCGCAUACUGCACCACACACCCGACUCACAAGUGUAUUGGUCCAUAGCAUGUGGUGUCACCAAGGAGGAGAUUGUUCAGCACUGGGAUUGGCUGCAGCAGAACAUCAUGCGGACGCUCUCUGUCUUUGACUCAAGCGAGGACAUCACCAGCUUCGUACAGGGGAAGAUCAGAGGUCUGAUUGCUGAAGAAGGGAAGACUUCCCACGUGCUGGAGGAUGAUCCCGAGAAGUUCAGAGAAGCGUACUUGAGGUUUGAGAAUUGGUUUGCGCUGCCAGCGGAGGAAAAGCUGGUUACAUAUUACUCGUGCAGCUACUGGAAAGGCAAAGUGCCCUGCCAGGGUUGGUUGUACCUCAGCACCAACUUCCUCUGCUUCUAUUCCUAUCUGCUGGGAGCUGAGGUGAAACUGGUCAUCUCCUGGGACGAAAUCUGGAGGUUGGAGAAAACAUCCAAUGUCAUCCUGACGGAGAGCAUCCAUGUGGUGGCUCAUGGGGAGGAUCAUUACUUCUCCAUGCUGCUGCACCUUAAUGAAACAUUUGUCAUCAUGGAGCAGCUAGCUGACUAUUCCAUCAAGCGCCUGUUUGACAAAGAGGCCUUUGAGAAAGAGAUAGCACUCUCUGACCCCCUGCAAAUUACCAAGAGAGGCCUAGAGGCUCACGCAAAGAGUGAGCAGUUCCGGAUAUUUUUCAGGCUUCCCAAAGAGGAAAAUCUGUUAGAAGUACACGAGAGUUUCCUGUGGGUGCCUUUCAGCCAUUUUAAUACACUUGGCAAGAUCUGUCUCUCUGAGAACUACUUGUGUUUUGCCAGCCAGGAUGGUAGCCAAUGUCACAUCAUCAUUCCAAUGCGGGAGGUCGUAAAUGUGGAGAAGCCUGAUUCUAGCAGCCGCGCUUUAACGGUGUGUGUGCGCGGGAAAAGAGCUCUGCGUUUUACUGAGGUGCGGGACUACCAGCGUCUGGCGACCACGCUCCGCAGCAGGUGUGGGAUUAUUGCCAGCCCUCAGCACUCCGCUUCAGCUGAGGUCAUACGGGGCGAGUGUCAGUCGCUCAUCAACCAUUUUGAGGACAACCCAGAGGAUGUGACGCUCAUGGUGGGCCAGAAAGACAGCAGCAAAGCAGUGAGCACUGAGGCUCUCAUGACUGUUUUCCACCCUCAAGAUGUUGAAAACCUGGACCCCAAAAUGCUUAAAGAAAAGAUGAAGGAGCAGUCUUGGAACAUCCAUUUUUCGGAAUACGGACGCGGUACAAGUAUGUUUUUCACCAGGAAGACGCGUGACUUGAUCGUCCGUGGUGUCCCAGAGGCCCUGAGAGGAGAGCUGUGGAUGCUUUUUUCAGGAGCUGUAAACGACAUGGCCACUCACCCCGGCUAUUACACAGAGCUGGUGGAACAGUCUCUGGGCACAAGCACGCUGGCGACAGAUGAGAUCGAAAGAGACCUGCAUCGCUCUCUGCCUGAGCAUCCUGCCUUUCAGAGUGAUACUGGAAUAUCCGCUCUCCGCAGAGUCCUCACCGCAUAUGCCUACAGAAACCCUAAAAUUGGUUACUGCCAGGCCAUGAACAUUCUCACAUCUGUGUUGCUGCUCUACGCCAAAGAGGAGGAGGCCUUCUGGCUUUUAGUGGCUGUCUGUGAAAGGAUGUUGCCAGAUUAUUUCAACCGGCGAAUUAUAGGUGCUUUGGUCGACCAGGCUGUUUUUGAGGAUCUGAUUCGAGAGAACCUUCCCCAGCUGGUGGAGAACAUGACAGACCUGAGUUUCUUCUCGUCAGUGUCCUUGUCUUGGUUUCUCACGCUGUUCAUCAGCGUACUGCCCAUAGAAAGCGCCGUGAACGUGGUGGACUGCUUUUUCUACGACGGCAUCAAAGCCAUCCUGCAGCUCGGCCUGGCCGUGCUCAACUACAACAUGGAGGCUCUGAUCAGCUGCCACGAUGAUGCGGAAGCAGUCACCAUCCUCAACAAAUUUUUUGAUAGUGUCACAAACAAAGACAGCCCGCUGCCACCAACGGUGCAGCAAGCUCCCGUGGCCAACAACGAUAAAUCCCACUUCAAAGUAGACAUCAGUGAACUGAUCCGAGAAGCCUACGAGAAAUAUGGCAGCAUUCGCUCUGAGGAAGUCGAAAGUUCACGGAGAAAAAACAAGCUGUUUGUGAUCCAGACACUGGAGGACACGACUAAGCAAAAUGUUAUUCGUGUCGUAUCCCAAGAAGUCAAAUUUACUGCAGCCCAGCUUGAUCAACUGUACAAUUUGUUCAAAAGGCAGCAUUUUCUCAGCUGCUACUGGACCAUGAAAAGCCCUGCACUGCUCCAUCACGACCCGAGCCUGGCGUACUUGGAGCAGUACCAGCUGGCCUUUCAGCAGUUUACGGUGCUCUUCUCCCUGCUGGAGCCUUGGGCUUUUUGCACCAACAAAAGCACCCUUUCGCUUUGGGUUUUCCGCCUUAUCGACGAGAACCAGGAUGGUUUAGUCAACUUCAAGGAGUUCUGUUGUGCGCUUGAUACUUUGUACUGUGGGUCUUUCACAAAUAAGCUUAAGUUCCUCUUCAAGCUGCAUCUGCCACCAGCUUUCACAGGUCCUUUGCACGUACAGGAACCAAGACUCCCCAACUUUUUUCCAGCCGCUGAAGACUCUCCUCACUUGACUAGACUUCCUGAAUUUGAUCUUCCAGAAGAUGGUGUGAUUAAGAAAAGUCCCGAGAGAGGUAGAGGAAAAGUCGAUCUGCAGGCCUACCUGAAACAAUGGCAGAAUGAAAUACUGAGGAAAGAGGAAGCCAUCAAGGACCUCCCUAGAAUUAAUCAGGCUCAGUUCAUUCAGUUCUCGAAGGCCUUGUACAACAUCUUCCAUGGCGAUCCAGAGGAGGAGUCCUUGUACCGUGCCGUGGCACACGUCACCAGCCUCCUUCUGAGGAUGGAGGAGGUGGGCCGGAGGCUACAGGAGCCCAGCAGCCCGGCCUCGUCCACAAAGUCCACUCACGCGGCUGCAGACGACGAAUCCCCUCCCACCACCGAAAGCUCAGCCACCUCUAGCCCCCAGGAGGCAGGUCCCGAGCUCGCCGACAUGGAAUGGUCCUUUUCAUUCGAGCAGGUCCUGGCGUCGCUGCUUAACGAGCCGGCGAUAGUCUGCUUCUUUGACAGACAUGUUGACAUUCAGAGUAAAUUGACGCAAGCCCAGGUGGCCCAGCUGAAGCUAACAGGAAAUAACAAGUGAAUGGACGCAUGAUUGAAUUAUUGGAAGAAAUUCUAGAGGAGAUUUUUAAAUGGCUGACCGAGACGUCAGAUGAGAAUCAGCGGAUGAAGGGCAAAAAGGGCUGACAUGCAGAUCUUAUUUUUAAGGUGCAUGCGUACAGGAAACGCCUUUUCAAUCUUGUAUUCUUCACUAGCUUGUGCCACUACGUCCUCAUCUGUCAAUCAACAGUAUUCUCCACUCCCAUUGGUGGUCACUCACUAUGUUGAGUUUUAGCUCCAUGAUGCUGCAUUUCUGCAUUGCACGCACACCAAUGUGCCGUGGAUCUCUUACUAUAUAUUGUAUAGGAAAAGUACUGUUUGCUAGUGAUGUGCGAUACCGAUACUUUGUGCAAAUACAUUUAAAAAAAGUAGUGUAUUUCAAAUCAUAGCAUAAAGAAUACAAGACAUCAGAGUAAUUUCUUUCUUUAUUUUUACCCUGAAGCAUAUUGAGGUAGCGGGGUGAUUCACAAUAAAGCCAAACUAAUAACCAAGGACAGAAUCCUAUAAAAUACUGUAUGUGAAAAUGGUAUUUUAAACAAUGAAAAAAAGUAUGUAAAAUAAUACAACCAUGGAAAUAAAUGAUUGUAAUUAUAAUUUAUAAUUAUAUAGGACAUAAGAAUUGUUGUAUAAUAAUGUAUAACUAUAAUUAUUUUAUAAGUGUAUAAGAAAGUCAAUUAUUAUAUGUACUAUAAGAGUGAAAACAUUAUUCGCAAUUCACACAUGGUUCCGUUUACGAUCGGCUAGUUUCAGCCGACUGAGACUGACAGGCGGAGGAGCGGUGUUCUGCUGCGCUUGCGUAUUACGCACAUACGCGGGCGGAAGAAAAAGCAGUUCCCACCAUCCGCGUAUCAUUUUGCCAAGAUCUCAAUCAUGUGCUUACUUUCCACUAGUUCCUAUAUGAUGAAUGAUCAUCAUUAUAUAUGAUAAGGAUUAUUAUCAUUAAGUAUCAAAAGUACUGAUUCUUUUGAGGAUUGAUUUUAGAGCCUGAAGCGCUGGUAUCGGAGGUAUCGAUAUUUCAGUAUCGAUCCGCACAUCACUACUGUUUGCUGUACAACAGUGGUGCGCCGUGCAUUAUGUACCUGGGCCUUCAGUGGGGACAUAACCGACGUAACCCCUCCACCUCUUAAUACCACCACUAUCACGUCACAUUUAUGGAAAGCAUCAAUAAUAUCCAAAAACAUAAUAUAACAAGGCGUGGCAUUACACAGAGAGGCAUUUCGUGUAUUGGGGAUGAAUACCAUUAUUACUAAAGCAUGAAACCCAGUUAUCCCUUUACCUUCCAAAUAACACAUUGUCGCCGAUACGCCUGACUUACAUUUCUGCGAGUAACAUGGAGCAUUACGUUACUUAUUUUUACGUUACUAAUUUGGCACUCGGGCAAAUUUACCAAGCAGACAACUGCAAAUCUCUACACUAGAACAUUAUCUGGAAUAGUGCAGAAUCAAUAGUUAUCUAAUAACGUGACAAGAACAAAAUGCAAACAAAGUACAUUGCACUCACCAGAGAUACUUGUUGUGAGCCAAAAUCUGUCCUCCUUUCCAGGUUGAGACUAUAUUUGUCCAACAGUUUUGCUCUGAUCAACCAAUCAGAAGAUGGAAAAUUGCUGACGUUUUUUGUGGGCCCGCCAGCUGGCCCUGUGAGGCGAAUCUCAAAUCUGUUUGGCUAAGGGAACAGCUCCAUUGCUAAUUGUGUUUAAGUGAUAUAGGCCUGCACUACUGCUUCUGAAGGCCCUAGGCAGAUUACCGUCACAUGGCAACGCAUAGAAGUUGAAAUCUGAUUGGACAAAAACAAAAAUCUAACAAACACAUUCACGUGCUGGAAGCAGUGCAGCCAAGAAACACACUAGGAAAUGAAGGUGAUCGACUUUUAAUUCAGAGUAAAAUCGUGGAACAAAUACUAGAAUUGAAGUUGUAAAUGUAGGUCAGUGCGUCCGAUAGUCUUGCUGGCCCACCACUGCUAUACAGUAUGGAAAAGCCUGAUAGAUGAGGUUGUCCUACCCUCUAGCUUCAUAUCAGCUUACUUUGACAAAUGAGCAUCCAUUGUACUGUAAAUGACCAAUGUGUACUGUAUGUACUGCAGUGUAUGCUGAUGUAUGUUGUGCUGUAAAUCUGCAUCUUUUCAUUUGUUCUUGUUAUGCAGUGAGUCAGGCAAAGCCCUCAGAAGGAUGUUUCUUAAUUUGCAACACCAUGUCACACACAACACACAUCUACCAGUAUCACUGGUACAAGUGCAUCAGUAUCACCAGUCCAGUGGCCCAUGUUGACUCCGCGAGUUAUUGAUUAUUAUGUGCUAAGAUGGCAGGCUGCAUGUCUGUAAUAGCCAUUGAAGGAUAUUUUUACUUUAAUCAAAUCUCAGGGUGUAAUUUGUGUACAUUUAUUGGUUCUAUCCUGAGAGAUGGAGUUGGAAGUAUAUGACUGAGUUGAACGUGGGUUCUAGAACGUUCAAUGUGGCGCAUGUGUAGCAGUUUCCACAUUGUCACGCUAGCCUUCAACGGCAUGCAAAGGAUGCGUUGCUUUCUGCUUACACUCGCUUUAUUUGCUGCUGCAGUGAGUUAUUGCACACUUAUUCUAGAUUACGCUACAUCUCGGACGUUCAAAAGGUUCCAGAUGCUUUUACUUGGGGCCAUGUAGAGACAUUUAAAAGCGUUAUUUCUUUUUGUGUGGGAAAAGACUGUUCUAGAAGAUCUUUGAGUGCCAGUGCAUUUUUUUCUCUUAUGCAUUUAUUUUUUUAUUAUAGCAUAAAGCAUUCAUCUUCAGUGCUGCAAUUGCAAGUGAUGCAAACCAGCAUCACCCAUUAGAAUGAAUGAUAUUUGUAAAUGUUAACGUGUGUACUGUAAAAAAAUAUGUAUAAGAACAUCACUUAAAGCCAUAGAACCCAAGUCAAAAUGGCCAUAUUUUCAUUAUUCCACUAUGAUGGCUUGCCUGAAGACGCUCUUAAAAUAGAUUUCAAAAAUUAAGUCGUAUAGAAAAUAUAUUUAAUAUAUUGUGGAGAUUUAAAGAUAGAUAUUACAUGUGUUUCACAUUUUUAAUUGUCCGUGACUGAAAUGCAAAAUCAACAAUUUCCAAGUAGCCUUGCCGUGUGAGGAGUUGACGUUUUCAUUUUAGCUUAUUACCUGCGUCGCGCAUUUCACAAAAAACAAUAUCAUUUGUGUCUCGAGGGAAACAUUUUAUUCAACUGGGCAUUGAUUUCGAGCUUUUGUGGGGGUGGGGGGUUGGAGACCUAGAUGACGUAAUAUAAGUGCAGCUAUAAAAGUAUUGAUCCUGUUGGCUGCGGAAAUGUUUGAUUCAUCAAGUCUUUUUGUAUGUGAAAUUAUAGUAUGCAGCUUUUGCUUAAUGUGUGACUUGCUCAUACUUCUGUUGCUCGAUGAUGUUUUUUUUCCCGUUGUUGUUCAAAAUCCAGCAGAAUAAA